AUGGCGCAGUCAUUGAUAUCGAUGCCAGAGGACUUACUCUUCGAUAUAAUGUGCCUACUUGAUGGCCCUUCUAUUCGGUCAGUCGUGGCGAUGUCCUGUCGAGCGCUCCACCAGAUAUUCCGAUCCGACACUAUCAAAUACAUCUACGAGCUCGAUAUGAGCUCCACGCAAGAUGCGGGCUCUGGGAAACCAACAGCAGAACUCCUGGCCGCCCUGCGGGCCCGAGAAAGGGCCUGGGCAGACCUGAAUUGGAGGAGUGUCGAGAUCGUGAAGACUAACCAAAGUGUAACGGCCUACGAUUGCGUAGCAGGUGCAUUCGCUCAAACGGACGGGCGCGAAUUCUCUAUUUACUGGCUGGCGUCUGGUACUAAAAAAGAAAACAAUAUGGCCACACCAUUGGGCUUCCGGGUCCGUGAUUUCAUGAUGGACGUAGGAGAAGAUCUGGUGGUCUUUUUGUACGAAGAGAACUUACCCGGUGGAACCGGUCGUGGCAGCCUUGAUUGUCGCACCAUCUCGACGAACGGGCCACACCCUGCCUGCUUAUCAGAAAGCCCCUUGUCUUUCGAAUUGUGCCCAAAUGGUGGAAGCAUUCUGCUCGCUGAGGAACUUGAGGUAGUAGAGGACGUCCUUUUCCUGACCACGGAGGACCUCCACGGUGUCAGGGUUGUAAUCUGGAAUUGGAAGAUGGGUUUGCUGAUCCAUGAUUUUCAAGAUCAAUUACCCCCUCUUACCCACGAGCUCGACGUUGUGCAACGAGACGUCUUCAUCCUCACAUCUGGGGCGGAUUCUGGGAAGAUCCUCAUAUAUCAAAUUAUCCCUACCAUGCGGAGUUGGGACGAUAUCAACACCGUCCCGCGCCUGGUGCGCUUUUCCUGUCCCUCUCCCACCAGCCGCAUGCACGUCUUCACCAUAAAAUACUCUCCGGAUUUGGAGGGAUUGCUCUUCGUUCGGAGCAGCACUUUCUUGCGGUAUGUUCAUUGCCGGAAUGAAGGCCUGGAGGUGCCUUGGAGCGAGUGGGGCGAACAAGAGAGCCGUUUCAUGGAGAAAAUGAGUAGGCAGGACUGGCGCCGGUACGCGCACGGCAACCGCAUCGUCUGUAUACCAGAGGGUCGCGACAGCACCUGGAUCGAGGUGUUCAGCUUUUCCUCAUCACCGUCUCUAAUUGGUUGCUCGGUUCCAGGUUUGCACGCACGGCAGGAGUAUUUUGGGCACGACAAUCCUACCAUCCUUGAAAAGGGGGAGAUAUUUGAGGAAGACGUCGUAACUCGUCUGCCGUACCACGUCGCAUCCCGCAAUGUUAGUGAGAAGGACCUCUUUUCUUGCAUGAUUGAUGAAGACCAUCUGGUUGGACUGGAGUUCGUCUAUAAUGCUCUCGAGGUGACGAUAUACUCGUUCUAA